UUGAAUAAGAUACUCGCUUAGUCGGCGCCUACCAUGAUGACUUGUCUUACCAAUUCCACUAAUUGCUUUCACAUGCUCGUCGACCUUUGCUUUGUACUCAGUAACCUUUUGAUGUCAUCAUCCACACGAUAUCAUUUCAGAAGCGAUCGACGCUUUCUUUCCCAAUCGCUAAUUUCAAACUGGUGUCGACAUUUUGCAAGUAACUUCUGGGCAUGUUUCUAUGGCUCUCAAAAGACGUCCCCGAUACGAAGACACCGGAGCAAGAAAAUGUAGAAAAAUGUUUCAUGCCAAGGUGGAACACGAACAUGCGAAGCUACGGACCAUCUCACGCUUACGCGACAGUGCAGACAGGGAAGAAUUUAGUUUGGAUAAACGAGGUGACGUGAUGCGAGUAGAAGCACCUCAAAAUCAAGAAAAGUUCCAUGAAGGAUCACCAGCUGCAGAUUUUGCUUUGGAUUUGAUCGGGUUAGGCGAUCCCCAGUUGAGGCUUGGAAAAAGAGCGGCAAAUGAAAGGACACGCUUCUACAUCGAGCUUGGCGAAAACGAAAAGGACCGCCAGAAGAAAUUAGACGAGUUGUUAGCCGAUUUUGAUUUAUACAAAUCGGAAAUACUAAAAGGGAUGCAGCUUGCCUUGAGGGAUAUCAGAUCUUACGAAUACGACAUGGAAAAAAAACAGUGGCUGUCACACGCGAAAAGAAGAAGAACAGCACCAGAAACUAACCCAGUGAUGGAACUCAGAGAACUGCAGAACCAAAACCAGGCAUACCUCGCAUUGUCGCUUGAGUAA